AUGAGCUCGACUCACUUCCACAAAAUCCCACCUGCUAUAGCGCGUCCCCCGCCCAUUACGCAGGAACUGCCUCUAUUCAAAUCGGUGAUGAUUUGCAUAGUGGCGGUUCUGGAUCACUUUGCAAACCGCAGUGUCGUUCAACCAUUGUUAUACAAGAUUUUAAGUGCCUUGCUUGACCCUACGGAAAGGGGGUUGAGUGAUGCUGUUGAGAAAUACAAAGAGGAUAUGCUUGGUCAGGGGCACAUACUCCCGGGUUACAUGCCCGCGAGUGACACGCCGCAUAUAGAAGCGUUCGUUCUAUGGUUGUUGAGGUCCAACACUGACAGCUUCGAGACUGUAUCUUCCGAUGUUGCUGGCGUGGCAACUUGCCUUUACAGCCUUGGGAUUGAUAUCUUGAGUCCCUUCCUCCACGAUUGCGCAACUCGGGCCCGGAUUAGUGCUGCAAUACUCAAACGUAAUGCGACAAUGACUGUCUCGCUAAAACACCCACCAGAAAGCAUCAGUAUCUUUCCGAUUACAGCAGAGGCUAAAAACUUCUGUCGAAUGGCAUGGAAAGAAGGAAUCAAGGCGGCUGCUGCGGUUGCAAUUGGACUUCGAAAGUAUUCUGAUAGGUCCGACGGGUUUCUUGUUGUGAACGUUGAGGAACCACUUGCCCAGUUUACCGACAUUCAAUAUUCAAUCUUUGCUCAAGGCGCAGAGGUCGAGUGUACAUCAACGGGAAUAAUGAGUCUCGCGGAGAGCCUCGGUUUGGUGCUUAAUCAAGAGUUGAUCGAGGGGCUGCAGAACUCUCUACAUCGAAUGCCAGAGGACAUCCUUUCCUGGUUCAUUGCUACAAUUAAGGGUGAUACAAGGGCAAUGUCGGAUGGUUUCGGCAUCACGGACCCAAAUAUGACUGACGAGUCCAAGGUGGAUGGAUUCUGUAUACUCCAAUCAUUCUUUAUGGGCUAUUAUUAUUAUAUCUUUGGGAGGCUAGUGAACACGUCAACACUGGUCUCACAAACCGUGGAGGGUAGCUGGGGUUUUAGAUCAGAGAGUUUUCUCCAUUACAUGAAGGUCGCGAAGAAUGAAUUGCCACCCUCAAACAUGAGCGACUGCCCUUGGACUAUUUUAUCCCACAAAGGCAUAAACCCGAGACGACUUUGGGGUCUCUAA